AACAUUGACAGAAAACACAACUCUCGCGAGAGAUAACCAAGAAAAUGAAAGACUCUGUGGAUUGGAUCAGAUUCGACACGAGGGUCGUUGCUUACAACUGCAGCCUGCGUCCCAGCUCUCUACCCAGCCCAGUCAAAACACUCAAAUAAGCAUUACAUGGGAAUAUCACAGAAGUGAACUGCAGUACUAAAUCUCUUCCAAAUACAAUUUGAAUGAAAUAGGAAUAGGUAUUCAGAUUUUUGAUAAUAUCUCGAACGUGUGUCAGCACUUUAAAAUCCUGUUAAUGUUUUAGAAAGUGGCUUUUAACCUUUACCUAAAACAAACACUGGUUAGUGGUGCACCUUACCAAAGUCCACUUCAGUAGUGAAAAAAGGCAUCAACAUGUCCGAUCCUAUAACCAUGGAGCUAGAGCCCUCUCCCCCAGGGUUGGAGGCUGAGUAUCGAACCAUCUUUACCGCAGGCUCCCUGGUCUUCCUACAGGAACUGGUCUCAGCAUUUGAUGAAGAGGUCGACAAGAUCCUGAGGCUUAGAAUCUCCAGGAAGACCCACCUGGACCUGUCAGGUGACCUACCGGGGUUCUGUGAGGUCACAGCCCCCGUAAGAAGCGACCCUAGCUGGAGGGUCCGUCCAGUCCCCCAGAGGCUGCAGAGGAGACAUGUGGAUGUGGGGGACCUGGCCCCCUGUGACACCCAGCGCUUCAUUCAGGCCCUCAGUUCCCCUGCACAGGGCCUACAGGUUGAUUUUGAUGAUGGGAACUGCCCAACGUACCACAACCAGAUAAAAGGCAUUUAUAAUGUUUACCGGGCGGUGCACAAUCAAUUUCCCAAUGCCCCCAAGAUAUCCCAGGCUCCUGUUCUGAUGCUCCGCCCUAGAGCCUGGAACAUGGUGGAACACAACAUGAUGGUUAAAGGCAAAGAGGUGCCAGGGCCGCUGUGUGAUUUCGGCUUCCUCAUGUUCCACUGUGGCAAGCUGUUGUUCGACUGCGAGAGUGGGCCAUUUUUCUACCUUUCCAAAGUCGAGAGCUACAUGGAGGCGAGACUUUGGAACAACAUAUUCCUCUGGACAGAGCAGAAGCUGGGCCUGCCUGUGGGCAGCAUAAAGGCAACCGUGCUGAUAGAGAAUGUGCUGUCAGCAUUUGAGAUGGAGGAGAUUCUGUUUGAGCUUAAGGAUCACUCUGCUGGACUCAACUGUGGGAUCUGGGAUUAUUCCGCCUCCUUUGUCAACAAGUUUGGUCACCGAGGGGCCUUCCUGCUCCCUGACCGCAGUAAGUAUGUCAACAUGGAGAAGCUGUUCCUGCGGAGCUACAUGGACCUGCUGGUCCAGACAUGUCACCGUAGAGGAGCCCUGGCUACUGGAGGUAUGGCAGCCCUGCUGCUGCCUCAGGACAGGGACAGUGCCCCCUAUAGAGCAGCCUUGGCCAACGUCACCAGACUGAAGUUACUGGAGAUCAAAGCUGGUGUUGAUGGCUUCAUGGUGUAUGACCUGGGCUUGAUAGAGCCCAUGCAGAAACUCUUCCAGCUGCAUUCUCAGGGUGACAACCAGAUGCACCAGCUUAGAGAUGACCUCACGGUUACCCCCGACGACCUGCUCUGCAUGCCAGCGGGUGGAGUAACCCUGUACGGCUUGAAGUAUAACAUUGCUGUAGGAAUCCUGUUCAUAGAUGCUUGGCUCAAAGGCAAAGGUCACUUCUUCUACAGGGGACAGGUGGAAGAUUCUGCAACUGCAGAAAUCUCCAGAUCCCAGGUGUGGCAGUGGAUCCGCCAUCAGACACAGCUGGAGGAUGAUAGCAGGGUGGUGACCCGGGGUCUUGUGACAGAGCUGACCCAGGAGGUCAUGGGAGAGCUGAAGGUCAUCACACGCUGUCACACUGUCAGGGAGGAACAGAGGUUGUUGACAGCUGCAGCCAUGUUCCUGGAGGUUGUCCAGAAGAGAGAUUUCCCAGAGUUCCUCACCACCUACCUCAACCUGGACCACACCUUCCUCAACUCUCAAGCCAAAAGGCAUGAGGGUGGGGCAGUAGGGGACUUGCCCAGACCAAAACUCUGAAAUCCCUGUCCAACAUAGCAUGGUAUUUACAUCCCUCAAGUGUUCCUCUUCAAGACCCUUCAAAUAAUUUUGAGUGUUUCUUGACAAUACUGAUCCGGAAUCCUUGAAUAAAAUACAAACUUCUGCAGGAAAAAUGGCAUCAGGAAAUAGCUUUUUAUUCAACUUUAGUUAUUGAUAAGUCCUCUGUGUGUUAGGAGUGGUCUGUGUGCAGAACUCAGUAUGAUUGACAAACGCCUUUCUCAAAAAAAUAAAAGAUGGAUUGGUAACAUUGGAUGAGCCUAUAACAUUUGACCAAUAAACAGAAAUAAAACCCCAAAACAAACCCCACUAACUGUAGAGUGUCAGUGUGUUUUUGCUUUAUCAGGAAGUGGUUUCAUGGGACUUUCACAUGGGUAAAACUAGGAAGGAAAAUACAGAGCGGAAAAGGAAAACAGAAAUCUGCACAUUUGUCAGUCAUACAGCACUCCAGGUGAGCAUUGAGCUCUGUGUCUCUGCAUUCAGAUCAGUCAUGUCCUGUUCCCUCCUGGAGGCCACGCCGGGACCUCUACCGCUGCACCACCUUGUGGCAGAGCAGAGGACUGCUUGAGCUCAGUAGCUGAUUAACUGAGUGCAUCGCUGCUACGCCUCCCCUGGGAAACAAGUGCUG